UGUGAGACGGCCGUGUGCGCUCGUUGCGUUCGCCACACAGCAACCGACAGACGGCGGGACCGUAUUGUGCUCGUUCGUUUGACGGUGCAUUCCCGGUCGCUCGGGGACACUCGAAUCAUUUUCGUUCCGGCGUUUGAGCGUACAGCACACGCGGGCAUGUAACCGUGCGCGUUCGAGAUAUAUCCCUUUAAGAAAAGCCAGUGAAGGUGUUGUGUGUGAUAAACCUCAGGAAGGGACACAAUCGUGUUGAUCAAUUAUUAUCCUGCUUUAGUGAGAUAUAAAACAAAGCGAAAGAAGAAAAAAAAAACACAACCGUAAUCGGAUACGCUCGGCUCGGAAUUGAAAAUAUUAAAACAAAAGAAAUUAAAAAAUAUAUGUGUUGAAAAAAUUGCCAAUCCCGGAAUAAGAAGGUUAUGGUGGAGAUGUGAAGUGCCCCAUUUGGAAAUAAUGGUAUAGCCAAAGCAUAUGAUCGCUAUAUAAAUCCAACCACACCACACAAAGUGCAGUAACAGUGAGAAUAAAAACAGAAAGUGGUGCUCUACAAUCGGAAGUCGCGUGUCAAUUUCAGCCACAGAGCUCUGUUGUUGCUCUCUCCCGUGGCGUGGAAAUACUUUCGGUUUUUUUUUGGUUUUCUGUGUGUUGUCUUCUCCCAAAAUAUUGUGCACGUGCAACGGAUGCGUGUGUCCCGUUUUGGAUGAUCCCGUUUCGUCAAAGCUUUCGAACGUCUCCUCAGCUAUAUACACCGUAAAUGUGUUUACCAUUGUGAAGUGUUUAUCACUGUGCGUGUGUGUGUUUGGUUCAGUACACAACAGUAGUAGAGCAUUGUUAUAUAUCGCUCGGUAACGUCAAACACGCUUUGUAACGUGGUUUUCCUCGUGUGAAAAAUCGUUCGGGUGCUUUUGUUACUUUUUGACCAUUCCACCACACAGAAGAGUGUUUGAGUUCGGUCCGGUUGUGAACGGGUGCAUGUGCGUGCUUGGUGGAGUGACUGUUAAACUACUCCUUCCUAACGGCCUACCUAACGGGGCAAGGUCGACGGCGGCAUUGAUCGGAUAAGACAAAAACGGGUUUCGAAACAACCCGUCUGUCCAGUGUGUGUGUGUGUGUGUGCAGUGACGCAGGGUUAAGUGUUUGUGUGUGAUUUUGCACGUGUCUGCACGUUGACUAAAAAAGAGUUUUCCGAAAAAACGUGCAACUUGCCAACAAUUUGUGUGUUGUGCUAGUUAGAAGCAGUAAGAAAAAUCACACACCGCAGCCUCCAACUCAGUUGGCUGUGUUUUAUAACGCCACGCGCGUAACGCCGUCACCGUAACGUUAGUAACGGGUGUGUGCGAUAUAGAAAUUUGAAAAGUGAAUGAAUUUAGAGCGUGAACUAGAAACGGAAAACGCGUGAGUAAAUGCGUGUCUGAGAAAGUGUCUACUCGCGUACGUGUGCGUGCGUGUGCGUGUGUGUAGUGCGGAAGGAAGGAAUAUUCUUCAUUCAUCUUCACAUCACAUAGUUGACGAUUCGUCCUCAUUUAAUCGCGUUGCGUGAGUGUUGGUGUGUUUGAAUGUUUGCACCGUAAGCUGCAAAACUCGAGCAAUCGUAAAUCAGUAUAACAAGCGUAUUAGUGAACAAAGCUCCUCGGUUCGGUGCGAUCUUCGCGCUAAGUGCUUUCGUAUCGUAUAGUGGUGUGGGAGCUUAAUCGCAGCUUCACCGCGAAAAAAAAACACCAUCAUCGCCAUGACCCUGCCAACCAACAGUACGUCUACCGUGGCCGAGGACGACUCGGAUAUGUUUGGGCCACCGCAUUCCUCGCCACCGAUCCGCCGCAACCGUCCGAAGGUGCCGAUGAUCUCGCCACAGCUCAAACAGCGUGAGGUGCGCAAACGGAUCCUGCAGCUGUGCGUGCACAAGCUGGAACGCAUCAAGGACUCGGAGCGCAACCUGCGCCGAUCGGUGUGCAUCAAUAACACGUACUCGCGUCUCACCGAUGACAUACGGCGUGAGAAACAGCACAAGCUCCUGAUGCUCUCCAAUCUCGCCAAAUCCAACGAUAGUAACCGAAAGCAGCUCGAUGAGGACGAUGUGUCGUCGGAGGAUUGCAUUAACAACAAUAUUACCAAUGCCAACAACAAUAAUCACCAUCACCACCUUCACCAUCAUCAUCACCAUCACCUGCAUCAUCACGGCAGCAGUAACUGCAGCGACGAGCUGGGCGAGUUUGUGCACAACAAUGAAAACAUGAACAACAACUGUCAGCUGCAGCAUAAUCAUAAUCUAUCCUCGCAACACCACCACAACCACCUCAACCACCAUCAGCAUCUGCAGGCCCUGCACCAACGGUUGUCUCAGUCCCACCAUCUACAUCCAGCGGCGUCCGUACAUCAGCAAACAGCAAAUAACAGCACCGGAACGGACGUGUGCAACGGAACAACCGCGGCUUCCAAUUCCAUCGCUAGCAACACCUCCGCCCUUUCGGAUUCCACCGGCACUACCAGCCCGGACGCGGACCGACCUUCACAGGUGAGCCAAAGAAAGUCAUCCUCGGUCGAGACGGAUCUGGAGACGCUCGAUCGCGAACUGUGUGCGCUGGACGCCGCAAUGCCGCUGGUCGAUCCGGAGAUAACGCAGGGAGCGGAACAGCUCGAGCAGGCGAUGGUGUCACGCAAGCGCAAGUUUGCCUCGAUCGACGACGACGACAGCGAUCGGUUGGUGCGGGAAGCCUUGUCGCAGAUCUAUUUCCCCAGUGCGGGCCGACUGCUUACCGGGAUCGACGACUGUCCACCGGCGACGGACAAUGGUACCGGUGUGGAGCGAUCGGUCAAUGGUGACGAUGGGUCACACGACGGAGAAUGUAUCAUCUCAUCCAAGCGACCAAAGAUCGGUGAUCUGCUGGAACAUCAUCAGAGCCAGCAGCAGCAGCAGCAGCAGUUGCAUUCCUUCUCGCAUCCCUUCCUGCACCCGUUCCAUCCACUGCCGGAUCUGGCCGGGUUCGACUAUCAGGUGCACCAUCACCACCAGAAGGAGUUCGAGGUGAUCAUGGAUGCGUUACGGCUCGGCGUUAGUAAUGGCGGUGCAAUGGCGGCGGCAGCCGUCGUCGCAGCCACUUCAGCGGCCGGUGCAGCGGCUGCGGCAGCGGCAGCAGCGGCAGCCGCCGCAGCCGCCACCGGUAACGCAACCGGAACCGCGAUGGGUUGUGGCGUUACCGGAAGUGCGGCCGGAAAUGGUGCAGUGGCAGCGGCAACCAACGUUACCGGCACGAACGCUUCCUGCAACGGUAGCGUUGGGGGUGGUGUGGAUUCCUGCGGCCAGGCAGCCAUGCUGAUGGGUACGGAUGGUGGUGCCAGCGUGUUCCACAAUCUCGUCGUUACGUCGCUGGAAACUUGAAAGUAGGCCGCCGACACAACGGCACGCUCGGUGCGUGUGUGCGAAUGGCUGCUUUAGUAGUGUGGUGUGGUAGUAGUAACAGUAGUAGUGGGUAGUAGUCACAGUUGCGGCACCACACACAGUGUGUGUGUGUGCGCGCACUUCCCAUCCUCCAUAACGUUAACGUAAUUCUUAAUUUAUUUGCCCUAAAACUACGCAUAAGGGGUUCCGUGCGAAGAAGCAACAAUGUGCACAUUGGAAGGGAAAUUGAUUUCACUUUUUUUUACUUCGCGUUUUCACCUGGCGGGGUGUGCAAUGAUAACGCAUUCACACACAGCCACACACACACACACACACAUUUAAACUCAAUAAGCACAUUGGAUGAGAGGAGGAAAUAUGGUGCGUUCCAAACAAUAGAAACAAAAAAUGUCAAAGUGUGUUUCUCCCCAAGCGCCAUCUUACAGUUGACGUUUGUCCAUUUUCCACACUGAGACAUGGUGUGCAUGCGUGUGUGUGUGUGUGCUUGUGUAGCUCCAAUGAUUUGCUUAAAAACGCCUAAGAGAAGGAACGACCGUUUGCGUCACAUUAGACAAUUUUAUUUAGUUCAAGUUUAGUUCAAAACCCCCAAAACACAAGCGUUGUAGAACGACUGUUGUUUCUGCUGUUUCUUCUGUGCGCUCAUGCAUGUUCGGUUCGGUUUUUGUGUUAGGGAAAAUUUUAUUUUAAUUUCAAACAAACCACCAAAAUCAUGCAAAAACCGAACGCGCAACGUAUUGUGGAAGACAAGCAAGCAAACAAACAAACAAGAAAAAGCGUAACGUUUAGGUUAAUUUUAUCGUAAUUAGUUAUGUUAUUCAUUUUUAGUAAUAUUAUUCUUAUUAUUUGCAAACUAUCAGGUCACUUUGAACACUUUUCUUAUCGUUCCCAUCCUCUUCCCUCAUUCCCAAUGCUCCUCCUACUCAAAGGAAACUAAUCAUUUAUUUUUUACGCAAAUUGUCAAAGUUUUCGCAUUUCACCACAAGCUGGAUUGAUUUGACUGAUUAUCGUUGUCGCCCAUUUUCCGCAAAUGAACGUAUGUUGCAAUAGUGUCGGGAAAUGGUGUAAUAUAGUAAAACGCGUAGUGAACAAAAUGUGCAAAUAUUCAAGUGCAACAACAAGAGACACACAAGAGCCAAAACAAAAAAAAAAGGAAAACCCCAACGGAAUAAUGUGGGUGAACAAAGUGGAAAACAGACAUACCAGAGCGAGAGAUUUGAGCGAGCGUCAUUUCUUCCUUCCCUUGAUUACCUGCCAAUCAAACAGUUUGUGACAUUGCUGUGCGUUGUUGUCCUAAUUCUAUCUAGAUUACCAGAUAGGAGAGGUUUAGUUUUGGGGCUCGGUUAGUAUUUGCAUUUUUUCCCAUUUCUUUCCUUCAACCUUCAUUUACUGCCAUCGGGUGAAAAUCACGCACAGUUGUAUGUAAUGGAAUUCGUUUCCGGUAAGUUUAUCUUCCCUAGUCCGACGGUGUCGAGACACAGACACUUUGGCCCACUCUUGGCCGCUGUGUGUUGGUUCGGGGAGGGCGGCCGGCAGGAGGUUGUGAUGAUGGGUAGCCAUCGUUUUUUCUUCUGUAUUUCGUUUUGAGACCGUCUAACGGUCAUCACGCAACACAACGGUGCCAGCUACCAGCUAGUUUGCGGCUAGCCUCCGUCGCAGGUGCGUCAUGUGAGCGAGCCAACCGCACCAGCCAUGAAAAAGCCCGAACGUGCAAGACAAAGUGAGACAUGAAAUAAGUGAAAGUGGCAAGGCACAAGGCCCCACCACUACGAACGAGAGUGGCUUGGGUAGCAAAAGGAGAAAAGAAAUAGGGGUGAAAAAAAAAUGCCAGAUUUAAAUCGCACCCAUCGUUUCGCGCUACGAUGUUUACGAGCGUUGAGACUGGCACACAGUGGGAAGAGGUGUGUGCUGUACGUAUGUAUGUGUGCUCCCCCUCACCCCUUUUAAGGCUAUUUCUUUUGGGGCGGGUGAUUUUGUUGCUUACCGUGUCUUUGCUUAGACACUACAAACCUAUUCCGAUAGUUGGUGGCUCCAUCUAGUGGCAAUCGUGUAGAUAAACGUCCAAGUCUACUAUGAUGCUUAUCUGUCACUUGUUCUCGUGCGGAUUAAUUGUCACCUAGUGUCACUACGCACUGUGCUGGUGGGUGGGAACAUUUUGGGUGUGUUUAAUUCUCUUUCUUGCAAAACUUUUAUCUUAUUUCUGUUUUUUUGUUGUUGCUAAUAGUAACAACAAAGUAACGAAAUAACAGCUUUCAAACAGUGGUCCAAGCGUUGUAGUCGGGUCACCAAGACUGACAGAAGUGUUUGAAUGAAGUGUUUUAAUGCUACAUUCUUUUUCUUCUACUAUGUUUAACUAUACGUGCUUCUACUAGUCCGUUAUACUUUUUGCAAUAUUAUUUAUCACCCUUUGCAUACCCACACGUGUACGCAAACAUAGCACAUGUUGCAUGAGUGCGUUUGCUGGUGUUGUUAGCUUCUUCCAUCUCUUUUACUAUUAGUUUUGAAGUUUUUACCACCGUAAAUUACUUCCACUGCCACUCUGCCGUAGAAAACAAAUUCCAAACUACGACUCUUCCUUAUCCCCUUCCCUUCCUUUUCUUGUUUGAAGGGUUUACCGGCUUCCUCUUCCCCGUAAGCUGCUCUAGAAUGAUGGAAAGACGGUAACGGUGUGAAGAGACGAUAAUAUACCGUUUUGUGCAUUGGCGUCGUAGUGUGGCCGACGGAGUCUUGCUGUUGUUUGGUGUGCAAUUCGUAACGUUUCGAUUUUUUCCCCCCAAGUUGUUUUGUUUUCCUCUCCCUUUUCCUAAUCCCCCCCCCCCCCCCGCCUCAUUAUGCCUUUCUUUAUCUUCUCUCUCUCUCUCUUUUAUUUUCCACUACGUGCAAUGCGAUGUGUUUCCAUCGUUGACUGUGCUCUGGUCCCUGUUGGGUUGAAAGUUUUCUCAUUCGUUUUUCCUUUUUUUUGUUUUGUUUUUUUUUUGCUUUUCUUUUUAAGGUAAUUUUUCCCCGUUAUUUUCUGGUCCAUCGACAGCCGACGAACGCGGUGGAGCUUUUUGAAUGUUUCGAUUGAUUUUGUUGUUAUUGUUCGCCCAUCGCCCUUCUGGGUUUUCUGUUUCCCCCUUUCGCUUUUCUUUUUACGGCGUUAUCGUGAGGUUGGGACGAGCUGUUAAAGCAACCCCAACACGAAGCAACUGGUGUGUGUGUGUGUGCGCCUUCGUGCGCACAUAAGAGAUUGUUUCAUGUUUCUCGAAAUGUUUCGUUGCGCUUUGUGCUUUUUUAUGAUAUGCUUCCCUUUUUAUACACCCAUUUGUUUUUUUUUGCACCACCAACAAUGAAUGGUUCUAUUUUGUACUGUUAAUGUAUUUAAAUCUUAUGUUUUUUUCAAAACAUUGAUUAAAAUUGUUAGUGGCCAAAACGAAAUUCUGAUAGAAAGCAGCAACUAUGGAAAAGGGGAUGGGUAAGAAAAGGCAAAACACAUUUGUCUCUUCAUUUUAAGGGCAGGAGAACUAGAAACAAACCUAAAACCAAAACAAUGACAAAACCAAUUGGAAUAUGAAAUGCGCCCGAAACGCAAGCAAGUUAAAUCAAACUAAGUUGUACAGUGGAAUAGCAAACUCGAAGCGGGCGAAGUUUGCGAGAGUUGGUAGUGUAAGCAAAACAAACGAGAACACUUGUGCCGAUAAAGAAUUUAACGGAAAAAACGCUUUAGGCAAGCUCUUCAUUUUGAACUUAGCAAGUUAAGAGAUGAGUUAAAGAAGUCGUGUAAAAAACAACAACAAAAACAAAAACUUAACAAACAUCCAACAAAGAUGGUGUACAGUUGUAAUACCAAUUGGGCGUGGUACUAUCUAAGGUGAUAGUGUUACACACCACUCGUUAACACUCGCGGGCAGAAUGUUCCGGCUUCGGUUUCCCUUUUUGUUUAGUUUGCACUUUAGCAGCGAAUCGAAGCAAUCGCGCAUAAACAUUAGCUUAACAAAACUACCCACAAAAAGCACACAAAUAAUAUUUGUAUAAAACAAAAAAAAUAAAACCAUUGUAGGCAAGUAGUGAUAAUCAAGUAGCAAAAGGAUAAGCAAACGGUUAAACAUACUGAGCACAUUCAUACGGACACAAAGAUGAAACAUCAGGAACAAAUACUCUCUUUACAAGAAGAAAGGAUACAGUAUAGUUACAAACAACAACAAAAAAAUAACACACAAAAAAGCAUUCGCAUCGAGAAGUGGCCUCUUUCCUACACGAGUACAUCGCUAGCCGUAACGCAGGUAAUGUGCUGGUAAUGGGGAAGAAAAACAAAUUGUUAAAGAAAAAACAAAAACCUUUAACCGGGCGGGUAAUGAAGAAAACAAGGUUUUAUAAGUUAGUGUUUCGCUAGGGAAAAAAGAAAGAAAAAAAAAUCAACCAAGUACUGUAACGGAAACAAAACAAAGAAAAAGAUAAACAAAAACAACAAAAACCCAGAACAACAUGCAAACAACAAAAAGAAACACUAAAAUAUUACAACGGGGAGGGAAGAUAAGAAAUGAAAGUAAACAAAAACUGUGAUAUUAGCCGAUAAGCAAGCAAGAAACAAACAAAAAAGUGACUCUUAACCACAUACAGCGUAGAGAGACAGAGAAAGAGAAAGAAAGAGAAAGAAAAAAGAAAAGAAAUAAAAUAGAAGCGUGUGUGUGUGUUAAUGGAAGACAAAGAAGCAGUGAAAAACGAGCGCAAGAAAGCGAGUUUUAACGAGGAAAGGACCAUAACCACCAUUCACCACCACUAGCGCGCGGGCGCCAUGCGUAAAUGGUGCAAAAGUUUUGCGUGGGGAAAAGUGGCACGAUUUUGUGCACAAAAUGUUUCUAAAGCCCGCAAAAUCAAUGUGCAUGCAUCCGUUGCAUUAACGGUGUAAAGAAACAAUUAAAAACCACUAUUAAAAUUUACCAAUCGGCAGGACAAAUGUACUACUACAACUACUAGCGAAGUAUGAAGAACAUUAUGCAGCCGGUAAAAAAAAAACAAAUGUAUAUUAAAUGAGAGGAAGAAUGGAAAAACAAUGAAAAACAGAACAAAAAAAAAAAAACACAUAAAAAAGAUAAUUAAAAAAUAUAACAAAAAACAUGAACAAAGAAUUAUUAAGACAAAACACACGACACGAUC